UCAUUCAUUUCUCAUUAUAAUAUAAUAUACAAAUCUUCCAAAGUCGCUUUCUUCCUCAACCUUUCUUUCAAUGUUCAUAAACUAGAAGGAAAAAAAGGAAAGUUAAUUCCUUGACCUUUACAAUGGAAAGCAACAAGGACAUGAAGAAAACCACCAUGGAAGCAGAAGAGUUUGAGGACUUGCUACCAGUGAUGGCAGAGAAGCUUGAUGUGGAAACCUUCGUGUCUGAACUAUGUGGGGGCUUCAAGCUUCUAUCAGAUCCUGAAACAGGUUUGAUCUCAAGCGAGAGUCUGAUGAGAAAUUCAGCUCUACUUGGCAUGGAUGGGAUGACCAAGGAGGAUGCAGAGGAGAUGGUUAAACAGGGUGAUCUUGAUGGAGAUGGAAGCCUGAAUGAGACUGAAUUUUGCAUCCUCAUGGUGAGGCUUAGCCCUGGAAUGAUGGAGGAUGCUGAGUCGUGGUUGGAGAAGGCACUUGAAGAAGAGUUCAGAAAAUCAUCAACUUAGUGCCGUUGAUUCCGGAGCAAGAAUCAAUUUGGAAUGAAGCUUAUGUGAGUAGUUUCUGAGUUUUAGAAUUCAUUCCGAUGAAAAAGAAACUUGUCCAAUCAUGCUAUUAUAGAUGAUCAAUUGUAAGUUACUACAUAUAUGUAUUUAUUAGUUGCAAAAUUUGAUGAAGCUCAUCUGUGUCCUAAAGGGUAUUCCAUCAUUAAUGAAAUGAAUCUCUUCAGUGAA